GUGUGUGAGUGUGUGUGGGUUUUUUCUGUUCUUCCAGCACUCCUCAUGUUUCUGUGAGCAGGAGCGAUGGGACUCGGAUCGUCCAGCAGAUCCGCUGAUAGCCAACACAAUGAAGACGUCAACUUUGACCACUUCCAGAUACUGAGAGCUAUUGGAAAGGGCAGCUUUGGAAAGGUGUGUAUCGUGCAGAAAAAGGACACUAAGAAGAUGUAUGCCAUGAAGUACAUGAACAAGCUCAAGUGUGUGGAGCGAAACGAAGUGCGAAACGUCUUCAAAGAGCUUCAGAUCAUGCAGAACCUGGAGCAUCCAUUCCUCGUGAACUUCUGGUACUCUUUUCAGGAUGAGGAGGACAUGUUCAUGGUGGUUGAUCUUCUGUUAGGAGGAGACCUGCGGUAUCAUCUUCAACAGAAUGUACAUUUUUCCGAGAGCACUGUGAAACUUUACAUCUGCGAACUUGCCUUGGCACUGAACUACCUGCGCAACAAACACAUCAUACACAGAGACAUCAAGCCUGAUAACAUCUUACUGGAUGAACACGGUCACACUCAUCUGACCGACUUCAACAUCGCUGCUAUCGUCAAAGACGAUUUAAAAGCCACGUCCAUCGCUGGAACAAAGCCAUACAUGGCUCCAGAGCUUUUCCAGACGUUUGAGGGAACACAUACAGGUUACUCGUUUGCAGUGGACUGGUGGUCUCUGGGUAUAACAGCCUACGAGCUGCUACGUGGACAGAGGCCGUAUAUAAUGCGCGCCAGCACGCCCACCUCAGAGAUCCUGCAGUCCUUCCAUAAAGUCCAUCCCUGCUUCCCGGCCGCUUGGUCAGUAGAGAUGAAGUCUCUGUUGAGGAAGCUGCUGUGUGUCGAUGCACAGAAGCGCCUCUCGUCUCUCUCUGAGCUGAAGGACACGGAAUGUCUCUCCGACGUAAACUGGGACGCUGUGCUUAAUAAACACGUCCCACCAGGCUUCAUGCCUAAUAGACGGAGACUAAACUGUGACCCCACGUUUGAGCUGGAAGAGAUGAUCCUAGAAUCGAAGCCACUGCACAAGAAGAAGAAGAGAUUAGCGAGGAAGACGAGGGAUCAGGGCUCUGACGCAUCUCCGCAGAACGGUCAGCUCCAGCAGCGCCUCGACUGCGUACAACGAGACUUCCUCGUCUUCAACAGAGAGAAGUUGAGGAAGACCAAAGUAGACACGGACUCGAGCAACAUGAACCUGAAAGAGGAGAGCCGAGCCCUCGAGGACGGACAGAACAACAAUGUCACCAGUGCAGCGAGUUUAUCGAGUUAGAGCUUUAAAUUGUUAAAUAAAAAAACCUUCAAAGGAAAGGAAGCUCAUCAACUCAAUCAGCUCAGGCUUAGCGAGAGAGAGAGAGAGCACCAAGAGCAGCCAGUGGAGAAUGUUUUUACGAACAGAUAAACUGAGUCAGAUUCUCCUUUAACUGAGGAAUCGAGGAGCUUAAGAUAAUCUCUGAGACGCAGGGAGGUGUAAAGAACGCAGCUCAGAAAGCAAUCGCUCCUACUUAGUAUUUUCUCUUCUGUUUAUUUUCAUUCCUUUGAAAACAAAGCACUCUAGUGAAUGUAGAUGAGGAAGAGUUGUUGCUGAUGUAACGUGUGUGUAAAGUUCUGAUUGGUUAAAAGUAGCAUGAGGGGCGGAGUUAGACGUAACUUAAUUCAAACACAUAUCGAACACAAAAACAUAUGCUCUCACUUGGAUGUAGAUUUUACAAAAGGUCUGGGGAAAAAAGAAAAACCACAUCGAGACCCAGCUGAGAAGUUUGUGUCUUUCUAUCUCCUGUAAACUCCCAACUUUGCUUUUGUUUGAGCUUUAUGUGAGUUUCUAUCCUGAAGAGUGGCCUUACACUUCACGCUUUAUGCAAGUUGGGUCUGAAAGUCUGCGAGCACCAGCAACUGCUUUCAUUUCAUCAGUUAUCAAACACUAAUACAGCUUUAAAUCAACUCAGCAGCAUGAAUUUAACAUCUGUCUUCCAGUAGCGUGCGUUCUGAUAGUGUAUUAAGCGAGGCAAGAUCGGGUGUUAGCCGUUAUUCGGAUGUUAGAGCGCGAUACUGGACGUUGUGUGAUACUGUCUGAAAACAAUAAACAGCCUCAGAAACAUAAAGGAAGCAGGAGAGUUAUUGUGACAUUCAGCACCACACAUCAGGCUGGAUUUAUCCCACUGGAUACUAAAUCAUUCACAAGAGAAUUUAUAAAAGAUAAUAUCCAAAUAUUCCUAAAAAUCCAGUUCUGUGGGAAAAACAUUCUUAUCCUACAUUUUGCUGCUCGAUUGAUGUGAUCCUCGAUUGAUUAGUUUCAAAUUGCAUCUAAUAAUGAAAUUAUACAAAGACUUGCCAUUUUAUUAGGUGCAAAAAACAGCAUCUUAAUACUUGUUAAUAAAACUUGAAUAUAAUCAAACGUAUAUAAAAUUUUUCUAUUAUCAGGUUACAAUAAACCACAUUAACAUUACUAAGCCUGUUUCUAGAUACUUCUACUCCUUUGAAGCUUGAAUUUGUUUUAUUUUUUUAUCGGCAGAUCAUUUUGCUUGUAUCAAGUGUUCAUUUCAAGAACAAAGCAAAUGAUCUGCCAACAGAAUUGGACGAUUUUAAGCUUGAAAUGAGUAAAAAAAAUGUUUGGAAGUAGGCUCGCUAUAUAAUAAUUAUCUCAUAAUGAGAAAUAUUAGAGAACUUUUUUGCAGUGAGUUAGUGCAUGUGUCUUUGGUAGAGGACGAGCUGCAGUGGCUGAGCUGCGCUACUGGAAUAUUUUGCACAUACCGUGCUUAGGAGGCACUCUUUCACCAUUCAGAUGCCAUUUUGUAAUGUUCAGCUCUUCUACGGAGUUUUGUGGGUUAAAUCAGCUGUGUCGUGAAUGCACUUGGUCCAUUAUGUCUGAUUGUAAUUAAUCAGCAUGACGUGAGAACUGAAUUUCUGGUUCGAUUUGGAAAACACCUUUACACGUAAUUUAGUAAAGGGUUGUUAAAUGAGUUCCGAUGUUAUCGUGGACACUUCAGAUAAUCUAGGUUGUAAAGAUAUCUGUAUUUCAGCGUUCCAUCCAGAAGAGACCAGAAGUGUGUGUAUGUGCAACUGUGAAAUGUUGUUGGUUUAGUAUUUGAUUUCUGAUCAAAAAUAAAGAUCUUGUUGAUGCGUGCAGACUUUUAGCCCUGACUGUGUAUUUGCCUUACCUCAAUUCCAAAUGCACUUUAGAGAAGAGCUUUAGCUUUAUGGAUCCUUUGCUUAUAGGUGACGCUUUGCUAACCGCCUUCCUGCGUUCUAGUGCUGGUUUUCACACGCUUUCUUUCACUUCUUUGACACGAUAACAAACGAGUGCGCACUCAUGCAAGGAGUUAGGUAAGUAGUGUGUACGAGCAGGAACAACUUUGGCAGUGAGGACAAUGCAGCUGAAGAGAUGUACACACUCUGUAGGUUUAGUAUUAGUAACAGCGCUUACUAGCGCGAAAGAGGAAGUGGAUGAGGGUGUGUUAGACGGUGUGUUGGACCGCAGCUCACAGUGUAAGAGAAGCGGCUUUGGAUAUGAAAUGCUAACUGCACUCGCACCUUUUCAUUUCAGGAAGCACAAUAAAGGGAAAAUUCACCGAGCGCUUUGUUUUAAUUUAUUAAAAGUCGUUCACUGUUUCUUUACUGUGAUGUAUUUGUGUUUGUCGGGUAUUUAAAAUGAGCGAGAAAAUGAGUGUUUACACGAGAUAAAAUGUCGACUAUGGAUGAAAAUGUGAGAGUUUUGCCAUAGAACAUUUUUAUCUUUUUAAUAAACUUUUUUGACAACUCAGAUCGUUCCAAGCGUUUUUAUUCCUGACACAAAAGCACUGCAGAGAAAUAAAGAUCUCUACAUGGUUCUCGAGCAGAACCUCCACGUGUACUCAUGACCUCAUUAAUAUUAGUAAAAUCAGUUCUCAAAUUGGAGAGUGGUCCAUAUUUACCAUGUACUCUAAUUUGGUUCUACCCAUGGCAAAUCUCUGCUUUAGCAAGCACAGGUCACCUAAAGAGCUUUAAACCCCACUGUAUGGAUGGCAGGUUUAAAUAAUGGACAGAAUAAGGACUUAUAGAAUCUAUUUACAUCAAAACCUCAAGACAUUUCAACAAAUAAGGAAUGAAUUUUAAUUGUCAAGGACAGAGUUUUAUAGAGUAUGUUAUAGAAGCAAAGCAGCAAUACCCACACCAAUAGAACUCCUACUGAUAGAAUCUCAAACAAGGACCAAGGUUAUUAUCGCUAACUAAAACUAUCAUGGAAACUAAAACUAUCAGAGAAAAAAUAUUUUCUUUAAUUGAAAUAAAAAUAACUAUA